AUGGUUCUCGAAAACUCAACACUUACACGUUUAGGCAAGUCGGGCCUCAGAAUUAACCAUGCAGUCGUUGGUACUAUGCUUUUCAAUAUGCCUCCAAUAGGUGACGUUGAUAUGGGUAUUAGCGAGGAAACUUCGAUUGCAAUCUUGAAAAAAUGUUAUGAUGAAGGAUUGCGUACUUUCGACACUGCCAAUGCAUAUGGAGGAGGCAAUAGUGAAAAAACAAUUGGAAAGUUUUUGAAACAAUACAACAUACCCCGUGAAAAUGUUGUCAUUAUGACGAAAUGUUUUUUACCUAUGGACUUCGCACCAGGUACAAUCAGUUCAAGCUUGAACUUCAAUGAUAGAGGCUUAUCAAGAAAGCACAUUUUGGACGCCGUGAAAGGUUCAGUUGAAAGAUUGGGUACCCAUAUUGAUUUGCUCCAGAUUCACAGAUACGACCCCGAGGUUCCAGACGAAGAAAUCAUGCGUGCCUUGAAUGAUGUGGUUGAAAGUGGUCAAGUAAGAUACUUGGGUGCUUCGUCAAUGAAAGCUUAUCAAUUUAUUGAGUUGCAGCACACUGCUGAAAAACAUGGCUGGCACAAGUUUGUAUCGAUGCAAAGCUUGUACAACUUGUUAUACCGGGAAGACGAGAGGGAACUCAACGAAUACUGCAAAAAAACUGGCGUCGGCUUGAUUCCAUGGUCCCCCAAUGCAAGAGGGUUACUUGCGAUCCCAACCAGCAGCGAAAAGUCUAAGGCAAAAUUUGAAUUGCCAUUCUUACACCAUCUUUUACACUUAGAUGCUGAGAACGACCGCAUCAUUAUUGAUCGAGUAGAAGAAGUCAGCAAGAAAAUUGGAUGUUCCAUGGUGGAAGUCGCUGCAGGAUGGUUAGUUGCAAAAGGAGCCAAUCCAAUUAUUGGUCUCACUCUGUUAGAUGCGAUAGAUUCUGUUGUAAGAUUGGCGACCAUCAAACUUACGGACGAGCAAAUCAAAUACCUUGAGGAACCAUAUCGUCCCAAAGUUGGAUUUGCCUAA